UUGCUUCCCCUGGCAGGUGACAUUCUGAUUAAAAUUGGACAUGCUAACGUAUUAGGAUGGACACUGCGAGAGCUUAGGCAACUUUUGUACAAUAUUCCUGUAGGAACGAGUCUACAAAUCAAGGUUUACAGAGAUUUUGUUGAAGUACCUGAACACUGGCAAAGUGCAGUUGAAUUAAUUCCAGAAGUAAAGCUUCCUUCAAAUACAGAGAUCAAGAGAAACCCUCCAUUUCCAACUUGUCUUUCUCUGUCCCUAAAAGGUCAUGAGAAUAACAUUCACUAUGUUGUACAUUUUAGCACAUCAAGUAAAAGCAGCGAGGAGAAAGAAGUCUGGAGCAGUAGCGAUGAUGAGGUUGAUAUAAACCUGGAAAGUUUUAGAUACAAAUCUUCACAAUCAUAUGGUUAUGAGCUUAUAGAACAACUACCAUCAAUAUCCAGAGUUUGGCAUGAAUUUAAAAGAAACCACCACACAUUUACAGUAGGAACAGAUAUUGGAUGUGACAUUAUACUUCAUAAUGAAGUUGAUGCAUUGUGUGAUUCUGGUUUUGCUACUACUGGCAUUAAAUCUUCUUCAUACUGGACUAUGCCAAAGAAUGAUGACAACUUAUCAUCCUCCUCUUCCUCUCUAUCAGAUGCAUUUUGGCUUGAGGAGUUUGCCAUUGUUUUGGACUAGCUAACAGGCACAAAUUUUACCUAAUCAGAAACUGGAUUCCUGACAAAGUAAAUUAACAUCGGAAGGUUCAGUAUUUUGAAGUUAGCUAUUACUGAAAGUUUCUAGUGGUGCACGCCUAGACUACCUAAGAAUCUUGAUUUUAAGAUGCUGCUGAUAUCCAAAAGCUACCUUUUUUUGGUCUUGGCAAAUUUCUCCAUCUCCCACUAAGAUCUAUGAAGAGCACAUUAAAACAUGCUAUAAAGUCCAGAAAGAAAAAGGUACCACGUUCAAGUCCUUAAAGUACUUACAAAAUACUGCCUUCAGUUUUUCAAGGUAAGUCUGAGAAUGAA